AUGGAAUUCAUGCUUGAAGAAUACACAGAUAUGCAUUUUAUCUAUGGUGAAACCGGUGGGCAUUCAAGAGCCGCUGCUGAAUUAUAUCGGGAUAGAUUUCCAAACAGACAACAUCCAUAUUUCAUGACACUUGCAGCUGUUCAUCGACGAUUUAGGCAAACUGGGUCUUUCAAAUUGAAUAAACACAAUUGUGAACAACAAUUAUAUCAGUUCCACUCACAGAAGGUGAUGCUCCCCGUGAAGUUUUUUGUGAAUGGUUUUUUGAAGAAAUACCUGGAAGCAAAUGACUCUCCUAGAUAUGUAUUAUUCACCGAUGAGGCAUGUUUCACAAGAGAUGGAUAUUUCGAUAGCAGGAGCCAUUUAUGGGAUGAAGAAAAUCCUCAUGGUAUGUUCUGAAAAGUUUACCAACAGAAGUUUUCUGUCAAUAUUUGGGCAGGUAUUGUCGACAAUCAUAUUGUGAGACCAUAUCUUCUUCCUCCUCGUUUGAAUGGAAGAUCUACAGAAUAUUUGUAG